AUGGUUGCAGCCGUUGAUCGGUUAUUGCAGAAGCAUCGCGGGAAGAAGGACAUGCUGAAGCUGGUGGAUCAUGAAUAUGCAGAACUGGUCCAUCUGUCUGCAUCUGAUCCAAAUAGCAUGUUACACCCCACCACCAAGAUGCACAUAUCGCGAUAUGUCAGCAACAGUGCGAAGAUGCUCAAUGCCAAAUCGUCACUAAACAUCAGUCUAGAGAAACUCCAGCAGACACAGCAGACCAGCGUUCCUGUAGUCACCAUGGAGCCAGCUCUGUUUAAUCCACCCACCCCUUUGACAGAGGAGUCCGUAGAGAGGAUUGUGGAGGGCAUCUUGGUGAGGCAGCAGCAGUAUCGUCAGUAUCGGCAAACUAAGACCUGUCUUGCCUGUGGACAGCCCAAGUCUCGCUAUGAGACAGAUGGGUCAUCCAUCCACUUUUUAUAUCAACAGGGGCCACUCCGUUAUUUCUACUGUUCCCAGAAAGUCCAUCAGCUGUUUGCUGCUGAGGGCCUUUCAGACUCCAAGAUACCCUUUGAAAAGUUUGCCCAGACCGAGUUCUUUCAGAGGGAGCUGGAAGCCACAAAGCAGCGGGGGGAGGAGCGGUUAGAGAAGAAGAGGAAGAGGCCCGAGACAAGCCAACGGCCCGGCCGACUUUGCAGGUUCUGCCACAAUUCGGUGAAGCAAGGACCAAACAGCCCACACAUCCACACGGGCUUUCCUGGUGUGGCGGGGAAAUAUAUAUACUGCCCCUCCAAGGUGCAUGCCUUGUAAAGUGGCCAGGGCAUGGAAAAAGACAUGACCUGGAAAGAAUUCCAGAAGUCUCCAUUUUAUGACCUCGAAAAAAAAAGAGAUGGGUGGAAGAAAGAAAAUAAUCAGAUUGUAUAUAUUUUAUAUAGUUAAGGGUUUUUUCUGUUCAUGUAAAAGAUUUUGCGUAGUAUUAAGUUAUUGUAGAGUUAUUG